AUGGCGCAGCAAAGCAAUCAGCCAGAUUCAAAGAAAUUCUCUUGUUCCAUCUGUCUGGAUCUACUGAAGGAUCCGGUCACUACUUCCUGUGGACACAACUACUGCAUGGACUGUAUUAAAACACACUGGGAUGGAGAGGAUGGUCAGAGAAUCUACAGCUGCCCUCAGUGCAGGAAGACUUUCACACCAAGGCCUGUCCUGGAGAAACACGUCCUGUUAGCAGAGUUAGUGGAGGAUCUGAAGAAGACUGGACUCCAAGCUGCUGCUGCUGAUCACUGCUAUGCUGGACCUGAAGAUGUGGCCUGUGAUGUCUGCACUGGGAGGAAGAUGAAAGCUGUCAAGUCCUGUCUGGUCUGUUUGGCCUCUUACUGUGAAAUUCACCUCCAACCUCACUAUGAUUCACCUCCAUUGAAGAAACACCAGCUGGUGGAGCCCUCCAAGAACCUCCAGGAGAACAUCUGCUCUCAUCAUGAUGAGGUGAUGAAGAUUUUCUGUCUCAUUGAUCAGCAGUUGAUCUGUUAUCUCUGCACAAUGGAUGAACACAAAGGACAUGAAACAGUCCCAGCAGCAGCAGAAAGGAAGAAGAAGCAGAAGGAGCUGGAGGUGAGUCGACUGAACAUCCAGCAGAGAAUCCAGGACAGACAGAAAGAUGCGGAGCUGCUUCAACAGGAGCUGGAGGACAUCAAUGUCUCUGCUCAUAAAACAGUGGAGGAAAGUGAGGAAAUAUUCAACCAGAUGAUCCAUCUCAUCCAGAAAAGAGGCCGAGAUGUGGAGCAGAAGAUCAGAUCCCAGCAGGAGACUGAAGUGAGUCGAGUGAAAGAGCUUCAGGAGAAGCUGGAGCAGGAGAUCAAAGAUCUGAAGAGGAAAGACGCUGAGCUGAAGCAGCUCUCAGAUACACCAGAUCACAACCACUUUCUCCUCAACUACCCCUCAGUGUCAGCACUCAGUGAGUCCACACACUCAUCCAGCAUCAACAUCCGUCCUCUGAGACACUUUGAGGACGUGACAGCAGCUGUGAAAGGGCUCAGAGAUCAACUACAGGACAUUCUGAGGGACACAUGGACAAACAUCUCACUGGCAAUCACUGAAGUGGAUGUUUUACUGUCAGAACCACAAGCAGAACCAAAGACCAGAGAUGAGUUCUUAAAAUAUUCAAAAGAAAUCGCUCUGGAUCCAAACACAGCACACAGAAAGCUGUUAUUAUCUGAAGGGAACAGAAAAGUAACAUUAAUGGAACAAGAUCAACGUUAUCCUGAUCAUCCAGAAAGAUUCACUGGAUGUUGUCAGGUCCUGAGUAAAGAGAGUCUGACUGGACGUUGUUACUGGGAGGUGGAGUUGAGAGUUUUCAAAGUUUGUGUAGCGGUUGCAUACAAGAAUAUCUGCAGAAAAGGAGAAAUAUAUGAAUGUGGUUUUGGACUAAAUGACAAAACUUGGGCUUUGCAUUGUGACACCAACAGUUGUACAUUUUUCCACAACAACAAUACCACUAACAUCUCUGGUCCUCAGUCUUCCAGAAUCGGAGUUUAUCUGGAUCACAGAGCAGGUAUUCUGUCGCUUUACAGCGUCUCUGAAACCAUGACUCUCCUCCACAGAGUCCAGACCACAUUCACUGAGCCCAUAUAUGCUGGAGUAGGGCUUUUAAGCUAUGGAACCACUGCAGAGUUCCUGAAACUCAGUUCAUGUUCAGCCCUGAUUUAA